AUGCAGAAAAUUCUUGGCUUUAAGAGUGGAGAUGGCCAAGCAGCUUGCUGUGAAGGAAGGGCUGCUAGUAGGGGCUGGGCGGUGAUGCUGGGUGGUGGCUGGGCGGUGCUGGGUGGUGCUGGUCGGUGGUGCCGGGUGGUGGGUGGUGCUGGGCGGUUCUGGGUGGUGCUGGGCGGUGGUGCUGGGUGGUGGGUGCUGACGGGCAUUUCCUCUGGUGCAGCAGUGGUGGCAGCCAUUGAAGUUGCCAAGAGACCUGAGAAUGCCGGCAAGCUUGUCGUGGUGGUUCUGCCCAGCUUCGGAGAGCGAUACCUGUCUUCUGUUCUUUUCUCUGACAUCAGAACCAAGGCCGAGGCAAUGACCCCCGAGGUGUAA